CCAGCGAGUUCAACCAUGAAAGUCCUGGUGAUCGUGUCCGCUGUCCUGGCCGCUGCGGCAGCCCAGUACCUGCCCUACGCUGGGUACGGCUACGCGGGAUUCCCGUACGCCGCCGGGUACAGCCUCGCUUCUCCUCUCCACAACACCUACAAUGCCCAUCCCCUGACCUACACGGCUGCUGCCCCGUACACGACCUACAACGCCGCCCCGUUCUCGUACGCUCCGUACACCACGUACGCCGCCCCCGUGCCGGCCUCCGUCAGCUCUCAGUACCACGCCCAGGACGAGCUCGGCAGCUACAGCUACGGCUACGCUGACGGCCAGAGCACCAAGCACGAGAACAAGAACGCCUACGGUGGCACCGUCGGCUCGUACAGCUACAGGGACGCCAACGGCAUCGUCCAGACGGUCAGCUACGUGGCCGACGCCGCCGGCUUCCGCGUGAAGGCGACCAACCUGCCGGUGGCCCCGAAGGCCAACCUGGCCGCGCCCGUGCACUCGCUGGUCGGCCCGGCUCCCGUCGACGACACUGCCGAGGUGAAGGCCGCCAAGGCCGAGUUCCAGCGGCUGUACGACGAGGCUGCCGCCGCCGCUGAGGCCGCCCCUGACGCGCGCAAGAAGCGCAGCGCCGUGGCGCCUCUGCCCGUCAGCGACACCCCCGAGGUGGCCGCCGCCAAGGCCGAGCACGCCCGCCUGUACGCCGCCGCCGCCGCCGCUGCCGACGCCGCCCCCGACACCGACGGUCCCGUCUACACCCCGGCUGUGUACUCCGGCUACGCCCCGACCUUCUACUCGGGCUACGCCGGUGUGGCUCCGUCCUUCUACGCGGGCGUGCCGGCCAUCCGUCCGGCCUCUGGCUUCUCGUACGGCUACAGCUCCACCCACCUGCCCUUCUACGGCCGCUACUUCUACACGGGCGUGGCUCCUCCCGCCUACCUGCCUCCGGGGCUGCUCCAGCGCGGUAUAAAACCGGCCUCCACCGGGCCUCACACACCACAGUCAUCAGCGAGUUCAACCAUGAAAGUCCUGGUGAUCGUGUCCGCUGUCCUGGCCGCUGCGGCAGCCCAGUACCUGCCCUACGCUGGGUAUGGCUACGCGGGAUUCCCGUACGCCGCCGGGUACAGCCUCGCCUCUCCUCUCCACAACACCUACAAUGCCCAUCCCCUGACCUACACGGCUGCUGCUCCGUACACGACCUACAACGCCGCCCCGUUCUCGUACGCUCCGUACACCACGUACGCCGCCCCCGUGCCGGCCUCCGUCAGCUCUCAGUACCACGCCCAGGACGAGCUCGGCAGCUACAGCUACGGCUACGCUGACGGCCUGAGCACCAAGCACGAGAACAAGAAUGCCUACGGCGGCACCGUCGGCUCGUACAGCUACAGGGACGCCAACGGCAUCGUCCAGACGGUCAGCUACGUGGCCGACGCGGCCGGCUUCCGCGUGAAGGCGACCAACCUGCCGGUGGCCCCGAAGGCCGACCUGGCCGCGCCCGUGCACUCGCUGGUCGGCCCGGCUCCCGUCGACGACACUGCCGAGGUGAAGGCCGCCAAGGCCGAGUUCCAGCGGCUAUACGACGAGGCUGCCGCCGCCGCUGAGGCCGCCCCUGACGCGCGCAAGAAGCGCAGCGCCGUGGCGCCUCUGCCCGUCAGCGACACCCCCGAGGUGGUCGCCGCCAAGGUAGAGCACGCCCGCCUGUACGCCGCCGCCGCCGCCGCUGCCGACGCCGCCCCCGACACCGACGGUCCCGUCUACACCCCGGCUGUGUACUCCGGCUACGCCCCGACCGUCUACUCGGGCUACGCCGGUGUGGCGCCGUCCUUCUACGCGGGCGUGCCUGCCAUCCGUCCGGCCUCUGGCUUCUCGUACGGCUACAGCUCCGCCCACCUGCCCUUCUACGGCCGCUACUUCUACUAAGCUGCAGCCUUCCACUUUGACAGUUCGUUUCUUUGCAUAGUUUCAUGAACGCUCAUCACCGAUGAUAAACGCCUCAAUACAUUAUCAUAUACUUUUGGA